AAGUUCAUGUUAUCAUCCAAGAAAGUACCCACCCAGCGACAAAGGCGAAGACAAAAAAAGUUGACCUGUUUUAAACCCAUGUCUUCGCACGGGACGCGUUAUCCGGCGCUUUCGGAUGGAUUUGGGACUUAAAUUUUGAAAUCCAUUUGUGAUCCGAUCGGUGUUUUGAUACUGAUACAAGAGCCAAUCAAGGAUUGAAAUUGCACUGUGCAAUGGUUGUCCCGCCUACCAAACGCACCCUCAGAUUCUGAAGUGCAUAAAUAGCGAGUGGUUAGUUCUGAGCGUUUGUGGACAUCUCCUUCCGGCGGAGUUGUGAAAUUAAUUAAUUAGUAAGGUGGAUGAGAUGGGAAAGAAUAAGGAAACAAAGAAAGAUUUAAAGAAGAAAGAAAAAGAGGCGGAACAGUAUAUGGUGAAGAAUGGAGGCAUGGUAUUGGAGGAGCUGAUAUGUACAGGGAAUGGUAGAUAUAAUCCAAUUCGUAACUUCUCUGCCAAACAAAUCCUUGAAGCCACAAACAACUUUCACUCACCUUGUUUUACAUCUCAAGAUUACUGGUUCAGAGCUUCUUUAAACAACCGCGCAGUUUUAAUCAGGAAGUGUGAUGGUCCAGGUCAAGAGGCAUGUCGAGACAUAGCAAUAUCAUCACAAAUGAGCAGCCACAGUCGAGUUCUGAAACUAUUGGGUUGCUGCCUGGAGUUUCCUGCUCCAGUCGUGGUUUAUGAAGACGCUGAGAAUGGACCUCUCAACAGAGACGGAGGCAUUAAUAUUAAUGGCUCGUCAAUUCCACUACCAUGGAAGACGAGGCUGAGAAUUGCAAAGGACACUGCUAAUGCACUUACUUAUCUCCACUCUGCAUUUUCCAGGCCUAUCAUCCAUCUGAAUAUCAAACCUUCAAAGGUGCUGUUAGAUAAGGAUUUUGUUCCCAAACUCUGGGAUUUCUCUUGCUCCGUAUCCAUUCCCGAGGGUAAAACAUGUGUGGGUGUUUCAUCGUUGUUAGGGACAUUUGGAUUCAUUGACCCUCAUUACAUGACUACAUUUUCUGUAACAGAGCGAACCGAUGUCUAUAGUUUUGGAGUAUUUCUACUAGUCCUCCUAACUGGAAGACCGGCUGUACAUUAUGAUAGUGGACAUCAAAUGGUACACUUGGUUGCAGAGAAACCGUGGAAUGAAAUAGUAGAUUCUAAAAUAUUGGAAGAAGGAGUAACUACUGAAAAGCAGCAGAAACUGCAAGAUUUUCUAAAUUUGGCACUGAAAUGCACUCAACCAAGGCUCGAAGAUAGGCCAAUGAUGAUUGAUGUGGCAAAGGAACUUGUCCGGAUUCACAGCUCUACCCCAACUCCUUAGCACCUUAACCUUUUAUUAUGUCUCACCUGCAUAUAUAUGUGCAUAUUAUAUGAACUCAUCUAUAUCUCUAUAUCUUAUGCAUAUCAAGCCUUCAAUUAUCAAAGCAAUUCGUUCCUCGUGCUGAUUUGUAUAUAAAACUAUAUAUUUUAAUUUGCUCAUUUUCGUAUUUUAGCUCUA